AUGACAAGCGAGGAACAGGAGGUCUUGAAUCUGAUUCUCUCCGGCGAAAUGGAAAUCAAGUCUACGCCGCCUUUUCUGGCUCAAGUAUUCGACACGGACAAGGUGGCAUUAAUAACGGAGCUGAUACAGCGUCAAGAGUACCCAGUGCAUGCGCAUCUACUACCAGGCCACUUUGUUCGAGACGGCCUGAGCCAAAACACGCUACUACAACUGGUGGAUGCGGGGGAGGCAGGCCUUCCUGAGCAGCAGAACCAAGUACAAAGACUCAAAACAGACCUGGUGCGAUUGCAGCUCGACUCAGAGCAGCGAUUGCUCACGAUGUUUUUUCCCAGCGCCCGGAUUGCCAAACAAUGGGCGGGGUCCUUUUGCCCCUUUGACCGGCGUGGCAUGCAACUGAUCGACUACAGGGCGUUACGUCAAGAAUUUCCGGACGCGGUGCUCUUACAGACCUCCUGUUGCGAGGGAAGAUAA